CAGAAUCCAGCGUGUAUAUAAUUGCGUGCACAGAGAACACUAAAUUUCUUUUUGUGCUGACAACUCACCGUAAAUUUCAUGCCGUUUCGCAAGAGAAUUGAUAUAAUGAAAUAGAAGUCGUGUUUGGAAACUAUUAAUUCACGUUUUGUUCAUUGAUAUUUAACCUCACCGGUUUACUCGUUUUUAGUACAGUAUAGCUUAUAUCAUUUGGAUUCAAGUAUUCCUUCAAAACUUAACAUUCAAAGAUGAAUUCUGCUUUUGGAUUUGCGUGCCUGGUGCUUGUUGCACUUAUAGGCAAGGUUUCCCCACUUAAAAAAGGAGACUGUGAAGUUUGUAUAGCUACAGUUAACAAAUUUGCCGAUACUCUGGAUGAGAGUACAAAAAGUGAUACAAAAAAGAUUGAAGCAGCAUUUAAAAAGUUCUGCAAAGACACUAAGUCCAAAGAGAAUAGAUUUUGUUACUAUCUUGGAGGUCUCGAGGAAUCCGCGACUGGAAUUCUUGGUGAAUUGAGUAAACCUUUGUCUUGGUCUAUGCCCGCUGAAAAAAUUUGUGAAAAAUUAAUGAAGAAGGAUGCCCAGAUCUGCGAUCUUCGCUUUGAAAAACAGAUAGAUCUAGACACUGUGGAUUUAAAGAAAUUGAAAGUACGAGACUUGAAAAAAAUCUUGAAUGAUUGGGAAGAAACGUGUGAUGGGUGCAUUGAGAAGACAGAUUUCAUACAGCGAAUCGAAGAGCUGAAACCUCAAUACUCGAGUAGUCAAAAGACUGAACUUUAAGAAGCUCCUCAAUUAGAAUAAUAAUUAUCACUGUUAGCUCGAGGUGUCUCAACGUAACGAUAGGAAAAAUGUUACUUAUUUAACUCAAAUGAAUUACACCAGACCGGCGCAUUAUUUAGUGGGGUUAUUUGUGAUUAGAAAUCAAUUAUUAUCAUGGUUUCUGUCAUGCCUUGUGCCAAUAUGAUGCUCUUUUGGCAUUUCCAGCACCAUCGGUAAGAUUACCCUAAUAAGUGAUUGUCCAUUUAUGACCAGUUCCAUAACCAAAUAUUUUUAUUUUAUCAUUGUCUUUAUCAUGUUGCUUCGACAAUAAUUGCCAGUAUUUUAUUCAUACAAGAUGUAGCAUCAACUAUUACGAUCAAUUAAAAAUUUUAACGUCUCGUUAAAAGGCAUUAAGGCUGCAAAGCUAAGGAUUUUGGUCAAUUAUACGAUGAUGCAAUUUAAAAUCAGCAGGCAACUAUCUUUUACAUUUACAUGAUCGGUCGACCCUACAUUGAAUUGUACUCUGCAUGAUAUUUGGCUUCUUCAACCGCUACUCACAUUAUUCACAGACAAAACCUCGAAAAAUUUUCUCACAUGGUGAUGCCAAAAUACGCUGCAGAGAAAGGACUGUGUAUUGAACAUGAAACAGAAUCAUAGUAACCGUAAUAAUUAUGGUGAUAAAUAAUUAAAUAUUAACUAGGUACUUGUAAAAAAAGAGACAACAAUUAUCAUCAGCGUGUCAUACAUAUUAUUCUGCAUAAUUAUAUCGUAUGCCUCGUUGACAUCUGAAAUCAAUUAAAAAUUCAAAUAUUUAUAGCAAA